AUGGAAGCCGCCGCCGAAACACACACCGAUCUGCUCAACCUGCUCAACGAAAAGAACAUCGCUCUCACCGAAACCAAAGCCGAAGCAGCCCAGAGCGCUGAAGCUGUCAACAAGAUCAUCGAAGAGAACCUGCAGCUCAAGGCUGAGAACGAGCGUCUUCAAGUUGAAGUCAAGGAACUUAGAAUCAAGCUGUGGGACGCAACCGAGGAGGAACGCAAGAUGAAUUCUGGUCGUCUGCGCGAUGUUUUGAAGGUUCUUUGA